CGGGUCUCAAUGAGGGCACUGCAGGCACGGUACCGGCGGCGAAGGCGGAUGAAAACUUGAAGAGCUUGCUGCAUGAGCUCAUGAGCCCUAAAUCGGACGGGAUCGGCCUUCUGGUAUACUGCGUGCGUAGCACGAGAGCCCGUCGCGCUCUUAUCCGGAACUACAAUAUUUUCUACUCUGGUAUCUGCCGAAAGAAGGUCCCGAUUGUCGUCGUCGUUACAGGAUUGGAGAACGAGCCGGACAUGGAGAGCUGGUGGGUUGCCAAUGAGAAGGAAUUCAAGAGUCGUGGCAUGCAUUUCGAAGACCAUGCAUGCGUCACAACGCUUCACAAACACUCAGGCAUCUCAGAUAUCUUCACCCGUCGCAUCGAAGAGUCUUCUGAAACUCUACGCAACCUUGUCGUCAAGAAUUGCUCGGAUUGGGUGGUUGACGACAGCUGGUUCAAACAGUCUUUCACUGCUGUGCGAAACAUGAUCAGCGAUAGUGGGAAUAGCGAAAGGUCUUUGCCCUCCACUCUCAUCAUCUGUGACCCAUCUCGAAACGAAGAAGUUGAGAUCGCACCCUGCAUCCGUGGUACCUUGAGGCCUUACUUUGUGCGCAUCGGCGGGGACAAUUAUCAGGUUCACCGUGUUCCUGCACCAGACUCCUCAUCUGCAAAUGCUGAGAGGAGGCCUGAAGGAGAUCUUCUCGUUUACUACGCUCGCGCUGACGAGCUUUCUGCAGCUCGUCAGAAGUUCUACGCGUUUUGCACAACAUACCGCGGGAACGUGGUGCCGGUCGUCGUCGUGGUCAAAGGACUGGACGAUCGCCAAGCUGCCCAUCAGUGGGUCGAGAAACAUAUCAUGUAUGAUGGCGCUGGACGUCUAUUCUCGACAUUUGCUCCAGCUGAAGAACUCGGAUAUGAUUCUUUGAAGCAACAGGCGGAACAAGAAUUGCAGGAUCUCAUUCGACAGGCCUGUCUCAUUCGCAGCGAGAGGAAAGUCAGAGGGAAACAGAAAAGACUUGCGCGUAGGAACCGAUUGUGAGUGACGAGUCAUUGUGAAGGAGAUGUUUUAAUAAUUAUUCUAUGCCAUUAACGAGGCGUGGAAAGCCAGGUAUUCUAGCAUCGCUCUAGUAUUUACUCGCCGGGACUGUUGAACUUUAUAUAUCAGUACGCGUCGGGCUCUUCCAGCGCGACACCUACUAGUCAUACACUCAUUAAUCUCUUUUGCCUUAGUCGUUAUUCCUGAGGUAUGUUUGCACAUUCAUUAUAUUUAUCUAGCUACUCACUGUACCUAAUUCUGGUUCUUG